CUUGGCUCGUCUUUUCUAAAGGAUUUGCUGGAAUUCUUAUGAGAAGUUUUAUGCAUAUUGAAAGUAUAGAUGCUCUGUAUGGUGGAAAUAAACGUGGAAAUACGUACAGUAUAUAAAUUUGAGUCAGUGUUUUCGACAAGUCGGCGAAACUUCAAUACCCAUAUAUAGAAUUCAUACGUGGAGACAACAGAGUUCGGCAGUUCAUGAUUGCUACUAAUUUGAACAGUUGAAUGACUGCUGAAAGAGAACAAAACUAUGCAAAUCGUGCCUGCCGCGGAAUUGCUCGCUGUUACCCUCAUCAUCAGCUGCAGCUUGGUCUUGUCAGAUGCCAAAAGAAAAAAUGCAAACCGAUUUGCAUCAUUUGGGGAAAUUCCACGGACCUUUGAAAAAGGAAAAGGCACCGAUGAAUCUGCUGUGGCAACCGAAGAAAAAGUGUUGUUUUCAAGCAGAAAUCAACUGAUCGACGAGACGAAACAAACAAGCGGAUUUUUGUCAUUCAAUGAUCUUGAACGCGAAUCAAGAAAGCUCAAAGAAACGGGAGCAGAAGGAUCCACGGCCAUCGAAGUAACAAUUGACAAUAAUUUCCGGAAUAAUGUCAUAUCCAGUUUUCACGAUAUAUCCAAGGAACUGGAGAUUCUGGCAGGAUUUUUCGGGCCUCAUCGUUGGAAUCCAGAAAACACAUCGCCAAACAUUGCAUCGUCGAAAAUGUUGCAUCGUAUUCGUCGCACGAAAAGAUCGCCGCAAUUCACGACCCGCAAAACUUGUUCUGUAUCGCAGGAUACAUUAUUAAGCCUGAAGAAAGAAAUCGACCAGCACGCACUGAAUUCAGCUUCGCCUCGAAAAUACCCUGUUAAAUGCCUGAUUUCAUCUUCGGGAAUCGCAGAAAAUUGUGAGAAAUUGGUGCAACUGAUUCAAUGCGGAAUCAACAAGAUACUUCAGAGUUUCAUUACUGCGACACUAAAUUCAAUCUCUCUCGAAAAAUUCCAAUCAUUCCGUGCCGAAAGCGAUCGACUGAUCGCCAAAUUACAACGAGAAUUGAACGAUUCUAGAAAAAGCGUUGAUGCUGAGGUGAAGCUGCAAGUGGACACCGUUCUCGAGGAAUUGCAAUCGAUCAAAAAUCAACUUUACGAGAGAGAUCAGGAGUUGGAAGCAAGCAUUGUGUCACUCUGUGGCUCUGAAAUUGAUACUGGAAAUAUCAAAAGUGCCAUUGCCGCGUAUGCGAGACUUGGAAGCAAUUCUUCACACCUUCCACAAAUAGUCGCGAAAUCAUAUUCCCAUAAAGGAUUGCAAGCAUUUGACAACAUACUCAAAUUUGGCGACGAUCUGCCAUAUUCCAAUCAACGUGUCAUCGUCUAUGAACAAUUGUACGAACAAAUGAAGAAGCGAGGGGAUAAUGGAAACCCCAAAAUACUGACUUUGUUGCAAGAUGAUCUUUCGGCGGGCGGCAGUUAUCUGGCUAAACGUUUGCAACAUGAAAUGAACAACUUGAUUUCCGCUUUCGGUGCACAAAUCCGCCAUGGGGACAUCUCAAAUGCCAUGAAGGAAUUCGCAAGAGUUUACCACGAAGCAUUUCUCAAAAGUAUGAGCAGAUUGAUCAAGGAGGCUUAUGCAAACAAUGUCGGGAACACCGAAAACAUCAUCAGUUUCAUAGCCAAACUCCCUCGAGUGAGAGAUCGUGUGGUCGGAUACCCAAUCCUUCUCACUGCCAUCAAAGAGAAUCACGGCAUGAAUGGCCAUCAAACCCUCAUGGUGGCUUACAGAAUCAGGGAAACCUUGAAGAAUGUAGGAGAUGCUACCACGGAGGAACAAAACUCACUCUCGCGAGCCAAAGACGAACUUCCCAGCAGUAUUCGAGCAUUGUUCUGGGACAGCUAUAUACACAUAAAAAGUCGUCAACUGCCGGGCAAUUACCUGGGAAUGAAAUUAUCUUAUCGCGGACGCGAUGCUAGUAGAGAAGUGUGGACUUUGUCCACGUGUCCCUCGUCUCAAACAAGGUUUGAAAGGGAUUGGACAGUGAAUAUUCAUGAAAAUGGACGAUACUUUACCUUCAGCACGGCGGGGGAUCACGGCAAGAUGAGUAGUAAUUGGUGGUCGCUGGAUCCACGGCAAAAUGGAGCUUAUUUCAUUUUCACCAAUAAGGAUAACGGAGGUGUUCUUGAUUCAAACGGCCUUGAACGGUUCUGGUUUUUCGGUUGGCAUAAUGAACCUUGUUCCAAGGGUUGUCUCCACGUGUUCAGGGGUUAUCUACAAGAACAUUCUCUCUACAACAAAGUUUUCUCUGGUCCCUUGAAUUUUUUUCAUAGAAAUGAGAGUCAACCACAACCCAGCAAAGAAUGGGAGCGUUGGGCUGGGGACCGUUUUGACAUUGGCAUUGGCAACGCCGUUGCAGCACCAUUGUCUCAAUGGGGCUGA